GCAUUAAUUAACGAACAACUGAAAUACAUGAAAAAGCUCUACUUUAUUUCGUUUGGAACUGAGAUCUCAACUCUGUGGGAUGAACCGCGCACAGUCAAUGGGGAUCGAUUAAAUGAAGCCAGGCAGUGGGUCCAGGAGCUGAAACCCACCAGAGGCUGUAAUUUGCUAAAAGCUUUAAAGAAAGUCUUGGAGAUGAGAGAUCUGGAUUCGCUGGCAAUCAUAGUAGGAACCUGUCCAGACCAGGGUUCAGAAAUUUUGUCGGAUUACAUCCAACAGUGCUCGGCGGGAAGACGGUUGCUGGUUCACACUGUGGCGUACGACUGCGGCAGUGAGGCACCUCCUGCCAUUCUCCAAAGCUUGGCGGAAGAGGUGAGAGGCCGUUACCAUUGCUACUCGGGAAAAAUGGAGAGUUGUAACAGCACGGAUAUUCACCUGGUUCUUUCUGAGCAGCAGAAAGCAGACCGUUUGCUCAAGAUCGUGAACGAGAUCUACGAGGGCAAGAUGGGUGACUCGCUUUUCAAUUUAGUGACAAAUAGUUCAAUGGGACGUAGACGGUCGACAUCUCUGGUACAACUGUCCAAACCCUUCCAGCAUGAACGCCUCCUUGCAAUCCAGACCCCCAACUUCUUGGCCAAAUCCUCCGCGGAGUGGUUGAAAACCAAUGGAUUGCGAGCCAAGAAACUCAGCCUUUACCAAGUCUUAGCACCCAACGCCUUCUCGCCUGUGGAAGAAUUUGUGCCGCUCCUUCGAAAAACGGUCUCGUCCACGCUCCACGGGAAAGCCAUGAUGCAGUUUGAAUGGCACGAUGGGACCGUGAAAAACGUUCACGUCGAUCCUCCGAUAUUAUACGAUUACCAGAAGCAACUCAGCCGGAUGGUGAAGAUGUACGAGAGACGCAUUGAUUGGCUGUCUCUUUCCAGCAGAGGAAUUUGGGGGACAGUUUGUGAAAAGAGGGUGGUUGUCCUGGUUGACAUCUCCAAAACGAAUUCCUCUUACAUCUUCCAUAUCCAACAUUCUUUACGCCUUUUGCUGGAAGAGCAAAUGACAAGCAAGGAUCUGUUCAACAUCCUGGCCUUUGGAAGUGAUGUUAUGGCUUGGCAACCUGAAAUGGUCCCACCUCAUCCGGACAACUUACAGAGUGCUUGGAGGUGGGUGCUGUGCCUGCGCUGCAGGGGCUCCAGAAAUGUUCUGAAGGCCCUCAAAAGAGCCGUGGAGGUGAAUUUUAAAGAUAAAGACAGGCACGAAUCUCAGGGCCUGUAUCUGCUGGCAGCUGGAGUGCCUGACCAGGAGACG